AUGGUGAAGCACAACUUUCUAAAUCUUAAGUCAACAUACACUCCAGCAGAGAUCAUGGAAGAAAUAAGAAACUUGUACGGAAUUAGAAUGAACUACAAAAAAGCAUAUAGAGCCAAAGAAAAAGCACUUGAGCUGGUCAGAGGUUCCUUGCGUGAAUCUUAUGCUAAAUUGCCAGCUUACCUAUACAUGGUAAACACAAUAAAUCCUGGAUCAUUCACAAGGCUACAUAAAACGGAAGACAGUCACUUUUUAUAUGUUUUUGUCGCGUUGAGCACAUCAAUAAGGAGCUGGAGAUAUUGUAUGCCUACCAUUGUUGUUGAUGGAACAUUUCUGAAAUCUGCAUACAAGGGAACAAUGUUGUCUGCUAGUGUACUGGAUGCAACAGGACAUAUUUUGCCAUUAGCAUAUGCUGUUGUUGAUUCUGAAAAUGAUACUUCAUGGAAAUGGUUUUUUCGCAUGUUUAACACUGCUUUUGGUGAAAGAGAAGGCAUGUGCAUAGUAUCUGAUAGGCAUGACAGCAUAUUAAAAGUUGUUGCACUUGUAUAUCCAAAUACUUUAAUCGGCUUAUGGGAGACAAACAAAAUCGAUAAUGGGGUGAAGGAGUAUCUGUUUGAUAUAGGCUAUGAAAAAUGGUCCAUAGCUCAUGCCCAUGUCAACAGGUCGAUGUUCAUGGCUUCAAACAUAGCAGAGUCCUUAAAUUCAACAAAUAGAGAUGCAAGAGACCUGCCAAUUAAAAAAUUCCUACAGUUUAUGAUGGAUCUGGUCAUGAGAUGGAAUAAUGAGCAUAGACAGAAUUCAGAAGCAACAUUUACAGAAUCGGAAAACAAAUACAAUGUGAUGGGUUCUACUCACUAUUCUUAUGUAGUCAUUGAUGAAACUGGAAAAAGAAACAUUGUUUGCAUGCGUGAAAAAAAUGCUCCUGCCUACAAUUUCAAGUAG